AGGGCGGCGAGUGUUGGGUAGAUCUGUCGUAGUGCUUAUUGUCGCUCUAGUGUUUCCAACUCAAGGAUUUGUGUGUGUGUGUGUGAUUCCAUUUAUGGUGGUUAUAGUGUGCUGGCACUGCCACCGCGCUGUAGACGUUUGUGAUUAUUUUCUGGAAUGGUGAGGUGAUUACCUGCCCCUGUCGUUGCCCCUUUGUUCUCGUUCAGACAGCUAGCCUCUCAUUAUUUCCUGGCGGUAAUGUUAACACAGCGCGAAGUGAAAGUAGGUAUUAUCGUGGAAGCGCAUCACAUCGCCAGAGUGAGGAAAGUGUUUUUAAUGCUGUGUUUGUCCAUCGGUCUUCUGAUGUCAUCUCGAUCUUAGAGGUCACUGAAAGGUCCGCCGAGACAAAUAUGCUCCGGACUUGAGAUACUCGCUAGGACCAGUCUAUGGAGGGGCGUUACACGCAGCUUGGGGGUUCGGCCCCACAGGAGAAAGCCUUCAUCGACAAGGUGUUUUAUCUAAAAGAUGAACAAGAGAGAGUGCAGAAAAAGACAUUUACCAAUUGGAUGAACACGUAUCUUUGUAAGAGAGUGCCCCCUAUCAAAGUGGAGAAUUUGUUUGAAGAGGUCAAAGAUGGAGUUGUACUGCUGUCACUUCUGGAAGUUUUAUCCGGAGAAAAGUUGCCUAUGGAAAAAGGUCCAAGACUACGCAGACCUCACCACCUGGCCAACAUUUCCACUGCUCUUAAUUUUCUGGAAAAGAAAAAGAUAAAACUGGUCAAUAUUAAUGCUAACACAAUAGCAGAUGGCAAGCCUUCCAUUGUGCUGGGUUUGGUCUGGACCAUUAUUCUAUAUUUCCAGAUUGAAGAAACCAUUAAUGCUGUGCCAGGUGACAACAGCAACAAAAAACAAACAUUACCCAAACAGAGUUUGUUGGACUGGGCAGAAAGUGUUUUAACUGAUAAAUAUGGAAUCCCAGUCAAAGAUUUUGGGAAAAGUUGGAUUAAUGGUGUGGCUUUCAAUGCCAUGAUUCAUAACAUCCGACCAGACCUUGUUGACAUGGAUCAGAUAAGAAGGCAACAGGCACGGAUAAACCUUGAGCAUGCAUUUUCAACAGCAGAAACUCAUUUGGGAAUUCCAAGACUGCUAGAUCCUGAAGAUGUGGAUGUACCCAAACCUGAUGAGAAAUCUAUUAUGACGUAUGUGGCUCAGUUCCUCAAAGCCUAUCCUAAUGCAGCAGGAAGUGGUGCCCCUAGCCUGGACAUAAACACAGUGGACAAAGAAUUACAAGCUUACAAUAACUUAAUAACCUGGUUAAAUCAAGAUGCAAAGAGUGUGUUAGCCAACACAUUAAAUGAGGUCACAGACAGAGAACAAGAGUUUUCGAAUUAUAUGAGCUUCAAGUCAGAGCAAGAUAAAAGAGAGCCACUGUACCUUAAGAUAGGAGAGAAAGUUCUUUCUGGUCAAGCUUUAAGGAUUGGUAAACCUGAGUGGGAAAAACUGGACAUUAGCUGGCAGGAAGUGGAUGAAGGGAUCAGGCAAUGGUUACUGAAGCUAGAUGCCAGUCUCCCUGGGGAGUUGGGUAAAUUAGGCCAGUGGCUGUAUGAAGCAGAAAAAUUGAUGAAUAAGAAAGAAGAGACCAAUGACAAUCUUGACAAAAUGGCAGAACUCUAUUUGGAUCUAGCACAGAAACACAGAACAUUCUUUAAAGAUCUUGACAAAUGGAAACAAUUUUUUGCUCAAGUGAAGCGAGCUGGUCAGUAUGAAGGAAUGCCACUCCAAGGAGAGCAAAUUGAACAUAUGGGAAAGAGAUUGGAUUGGGUGGCACUACAAUCAAUAGUGCGACAAAACAGAUUAGACUAUACACAUCGGAAGUACAAGUUGAUGGCACAGCUAAAAGAAUUAGAAGCUAAACUGGAACAGUGGACAGCUAAAUAUGGCAAGGAAGACACAGUUGACAAAAUGCUUAAAGAUUAUAUUGAAUCUAUUGAAACACAGAGACUAAUGGAUCAAUGUGAGAAAAUUUGGAUGGAUACCAAAAACACAGCUGAAGUAUACAAAUCUGGAGGUGCAGAUCAAACAGAAAUCACUCAGAUAGACAGUUUUAUGAAUGAUGCAAACAACAGAUGGAUAGAGCUGUCUGCUCAUGUUCGAGAUGUGAGACCCAUGCUAGAGGAGGUGAUUAUAGCAUGGAAGACUUUUAGAACAUCAUCAGACAAGUUAGGUUCGUGGCUGACUCAAGGAGAGAAAGUGAUUCAGGGUAGCAAAGAAGAUAUUGAGAAAUUUUUCAGUGACCUGGCACCUAUUGAAGAGCUGCAUGCAACACUGAACCAAAAUGGCAAUCUUUUAGCAGAUGGUGCCACACAACCUGUAACUGAUGAGAUUAAAAGAACCUUAUCAACAUUAAACAAGCGCUAUGAUGACCUGCUUUCACAAUUCCAUUCUUAUCAUCAAAAUGAGGUUAUUGGCAAGGCUGUGGUGGAAUAUGAGACUGGAGUUAACAGCCUUGCUACCUGGCUGGCCAAUUCCUCUAGCUUCCUGGACUAUCAAAUCCCUUGUAUUCAUGCUGAACUCAAGGCUUACCUAUUACGACUAGAUGAGAUCCAAAGUGAAAUUCAAGAUGUUGAGAAAAACUUCAAAGCAACAACCAAGACAGCCCAAUCUUUGGUUAAAGACAGCUCACAGGAAGAUGUGAAUAUAAUGUUACAGACACUCAACCAACAGAAAGAGGCCAUAGUCAACCUACGUAAGGAAAUCCCAGAAAAGAUCAAAUAUUUGAAAAGUCUAUUACCAAAUGUAGAAUCACUGGAGACAGGCAUCAUUGACCUUGAUGGCUGGCUCAACAAGGGCAGAGAACUUCUGUCUUCUCAUCAACUUGAAGGCAAUUUAGAAGCAGCAGAAGCAAGCCUUGAGAAUCACAAGACUUUUUUCACUGAAGUCACCUACCAAAAAUCUAUUCUGGAAAGUAAAAACAAAGUAUUUCAAAAAAUCAUUGGCAUUAAACCUAAAUUGAAAAAUGUAGACUUUGAACCUGCUGAAGCAUUCAUGAAAACAGCUAAUGAGGAAUUCCAGACUGUGGUCAGUACAGCCAAAGAAUGGGAACGUCGCCUUGAAGCACUGGUUAGAUUAUGGAGGGCCUUGCAACAGAAACAACUUCAGCUGGAGGAAUGGUUGGACACAGCACAGAAUAUUUUGGAUGAUAAAGAUGAUGAUCCAGACAGUUUAAUCAGAAAACAUAAAACAUUUUUUAAUCAGAUGGACAAAGCAAUGAUGUCCAAUUAUGAAAAGGCAGCCAAUGAAAUUCUCGACCAACUAGAACCCUCAGAAAGGAAACAUUUGUCUCAAACCUUAGAUCAUUUAAAAGAGCGUUGGGAGCAUGUCCUGCACCACGCACCGCUAAAGCUUCUGAAAUUGGAGUUUGUCAUACCUGAAGAUAAAUUUGAGAAGGGGAUGGAGAAGGCUGAAACAUCUCUCAGGGAGGCUCAAGACCAGAUCAAGAGGAAUCACAAUAUCAAAGAAGCUCUGGCUAAACACAAGCAAAUUUUCCAGGAGGGUAACCUGGUGUCCUCCUGUGAGCAGUGGCUGGACAACAUGAAAACCAUUGCCCAGCAGCUGUUAAAGCUGAGCACAGUUGAAAAGUCCCUUGACCAGCGCUAUAACAACCAUUUGGAGAGGUGGAAGAAGCUGAGGAUGAUAGCUGAUGAUACAUUUUUACAACUGAAACAGCUUCCAGAGAGAUGGAAAGAGUACCAUCAGAAAAUGGGAGAUGUUGAAACCUGGGUCCAAAAUAUUGACAAACUUAUUCAAGCUAUGGCUAGAGAGGACCUGACCAGUGAUGAAUAUAAAGAACUACUGGUUCAGUUUCAGAAAGAGAUGAAGAACAUGGGCAAGUUUCAAGAUGAUGCAAACUGGCUGGAGAAGUCAUUGGAAGAGCUCAUUAAAGAUGCCCCUGAGUCUGAUGCCAGGAGGGAGCGUGAAAGGCUGAAAGCUGUUUUGAGCAAGUUUAAAGCUGUUAAGCCCAGUACAGAUGCCACUCUACAGAAAUCCAACAUACUUUCCAGAGGCUAUGACUACAGAGAUAACUUAGUGAAGAAGUCCAGUUGGUUGGAUGAAGCUCAAAGGCUUGCCUUAGAACAUCCUGCUAUAGAUAGUCUAGAAGAUGCAAGAGCCUACUUGCAGGAACAUGAGUAUUUAUUGACAAAACUUGAAGCAGAGAAAGCCAAUAUCCAAGCAGAGAUAGAAGCUGGAAAACGCUUACAAAAUGAUAGAAAUGCUCCAGCUUUUAUUCAGCAGUCUGUAGUGGAACUUGAUAGAAAAUGGAGAGAUACCAAUGAACUUGCUAAAGCUAAACAUGAAAAACUGAAGCAACAAGUGAAAGACUGGGAGAACUAUGAGAAAGAGAAGAGUACAGUUUUAAAUUAUCUCAAGAAAGCAGAAACUGAACUGGAGAAACCUUUAGAAUCCUUAAAUCAAGAAAAUGCCAUUAAAGAUUUUCAAUCUAAAAAGGAACUUCAAAGCACACUGAAUAAACUCAAAGGCAGCCUAAAUGAAAUGACCAAAUUGAAUGCUUUGCUGGCUGAUGGGGCCAGUAGAGAGAGACAAGGUCCAUUAAAGGGAGAAAUUACAGACAUAGACAGAAAACUGGAGAGUGUGUCACACAGACUGAAUGCCAAGCUCUCUGACUUAGAGGCUACCAUCACCAAGUGGAGUGAAUACUACAAAAGGUUGAACAACUUCUGUGAUUGGCUGAAUGAGAAAGAGACCAAACUGAAUGAAGUUUAUGAAAACAAACAAGACUCACCUGACACUCAACUUCAAAAAGCUGAGGGAAUAUCAAGUCAGGUCUAUGAAAAUCAUGUAACAUUGGAAAACUUGGAGAAAGAUGCUAGAGGCCUAACACAGAAUUUUCGCUCUCGGGAAACAGCAGCUCUCAAAUCCAAACUGACCAGCGUAAGGCGCCAGUGGGAGUCUCUUUGUGCUAGAGCCAAAGAUAGAAGUACUGCCCUGACAGGAAAUGUAGCUCAUUGGCAGAAGUACCAGACCUUGCAGGAGCAGUUAUUGCCUUGGAUUACACAUGCUGAGAAGUAUUGUGCCACAGUAUUACCUAAAUGUGCUUCAGCAGAGGAAGCCAAGGAAAUGUAUGAUAUACACCAGGCUUUUCUUCAAGAAUGUGAGGAGAAUUUGCCAAUUUUUGAGCAGAUGAACACUGAAGCCAGUUACUUGAUGGACCAGCCUAACAUUCGCCAGGAGGUUGAGAAUGUCCAGAAAAGAUGGGGUAACAUUUUGACAAGCUCUGAGGAUCGCUCUACUAAAGUGGACAAAAUGUUUGGUGCUUGGACAGCCUACAGUGAUGAGCUGGACAACUUCCAGGAGUCUCUAAACAAAAUCCAGACUAGACUCGCUAGUGAGCCCAAUGUCAACACAUCAGACGUACAAGUAUUGGAACAUGAACUGGCCCUGGCUAAGGCACUACAAGAUGAAAUACGUAGUCACCAGUCUCACUACCACAACUUGGCUCGCCAAUUUGAAGUAGUCCAAGGUCAUGCUAGCCCAGAAGGACUUAGUGUUCUCAAAUCUAAACAAGACUCAAUCAAAGCUGAUUGGAAUGAAGUCAAUAGUUCUGUUGUUGAGAGACAGAAAAUCCUCACCAAUGCACUGCAGCAUCGAAAACAGUUUUAUGGUAGACUCCAAGAUACUGAAAAAUGGUUACAGAAAAUGAAGAAAACUCUAGACUCUGGUAAUGAAAUUUAUACAGAUGAAGUUGGAGAAAUUCAAGCCAAACUCAAAAUGAUGAAAGAUGAGACCAAAUCUCAGGAAAAAACAUUCCAGGAUCUGCAGCAAGAGUUUAAAGAGCUGAUUGCUGUAUGCAGUGAGGAGGAAUCAGCCAUACUUAGUGAUCGCUUCAAUAAAAUGCUGGAAGGCUAUACCCAAGUGGAGGACCUGAUAGAUAACAGAGAGAACCUUUGUAACAAAUGGACUGGCUACAGUGACACACAGAAGGAAGUGCAGGCAAAGAUUAAAGCAUUGCAGGCCAGACUUCAGUCGCCAAAUGUGAGUGAGACGGAAGUAGCUCAAAUAAAACGUGAGAUUGACAACUUGAGGAAAUCAUUGCAACCUUGGAGCCAAGAAUCUGACCAGCUGGAUGAGCUGAUGUCUACAGCUCAGAUGGUCAUUAAGGACAGGGCUAGUCAGAGGACUCUACACUUUGGCUCAGAGGUCCAGAACUUGGAGUCUCUAUGCGAGCAGGCUGGAGCCACAGCCAGACAGAGAGAAGAACAAAUUGGAGAGUUGACACAGCUAAGUACAGAGUUUAUUCAGAACAAGGAUGACCUAGUGGAGCAUCUAUUGGAUGUUCAGAAAAAACUUCUUGAAGCUAAAGCAGGAAAGUCUAAUGUGCAAGGAAUUAAAGAUUUAGUUAAACAGAUAGAGUCAAUCCGUGAGGAAGUGUAUAGUCACAAUCCAGAAUAUGAACAACUUAGAGAGUUAGGUAGACAAAUAAUGCAUGCAGAUCCAACAAAAGCUGCUGCCAUUCAGCAACAACUCAAUCAGGUGAGUGCAGCCUGGGAGGAGAUUCAAGGAAUCAUAGCAGAUAAACAUCAGCAGUUUAAUGGGGUGGCCAAUCUGUGGCAACAGUACAAUGACGCCAAACAGGGAGUCGUCAAGAUAGUCAGUGAUACUGAUCCAUUAGUCCAGCAAGACUUGGCCUUCAAUAAUCAGGAAGAUGUGAAAAGAAGUUUAGAGCAACAUAAGAAUGCAGAGUUUGAGCUCCAUGCUAACCAGACUCUCCUGGAUCACAUGAACACUAAAGGUGUUCAGUUGCUGGAAGACUUAAAGAACAUCCCAGGGUUUGACUACUCAGGAAUGGAGAAUGACCUUGAUGAAGUCAAUUUGCAGUGGGAGACUUCUAAUGCAGUUAUCAAUGAACACAAAGAAAACCUGGAGGCCCAGCUGGUGUGCUGGGAUCAGAUCAAGUCUGGAGAGGAUGAGGUGAAAGCCUGGAUCAACUCCAUGGUCAACAAGCUUGAUGACAGUGUUAAACACUUUGAUGAUGCUGUCAGUGUGGAGGCCAGACUGGCCAAAUUUAAGGAUGAAGCACCAUAUUAUGAAGAGGUGAUGAAAGAAAUGAACCAGAAACUGAGAGAUUUACAAGACUUGAAUAAAAGUAAAUCUGUGCCAACAUUAAUAGCCAGCCAUCAAGACAUUCAGAAACAGUUUCAGAAGGCUGGCUCUUUAGCCAAUCAACUUGAGUCUAUGAUGACCACUUUUACUGAUGAGCACCAAGGCUUACAACAAGAGAUGGAAGAAGAGACACAAUGGAUGAAUGAAUUGAAAGAAGCUCUCUCCAAAUGUGAUGAUGUUUCAGGGAGUAAAGAAGAUCUGAUCAAAAGAUAUGAAGAUUCUAAGCAUCUUCUUCAAGAGCUAGCCUCACAUCAACGUAACAUAGCUGCAAUACAAAAUAAAACAGAUGCAUUGCAAAAGAAAUACCCAUCCUCCGAGACUGUCAGCCUGGCCAAAGAUGGCAAUGUUGUCAGCAAAAAGUUUGAGUCUCUCACCCAACGUGCCGAGCGCAUCCAGAGCUCUUUGAUUGGCCAGUUAGAACAGCAGUGUAGUGAAGCUCAGCAGCAACAAAUGAGAUGGCUGAACAAUGCAAAGGAGAAAGUAGCUUGGUGUGGGGACAUUGCUGGAGACAAAUACAGCAUAGAGGCUAAGCUGGCUACUAUUAAAGAUUUAAAAGCCAGUAUUCAAGAAGGUGAACAAAAACGCCAGGAAGCUAUUAAUAGAUUGGAUGCCAUUAAAAGCCUUCUACCAAAAUCUAAACAAGUAGAAUUCGAAACCAGUCAUAAACAAAUGGAGAAAGAAUGGCAGAACAUGUUAAUGUCAUUGAAUCAGACUCAGUCUAAACUAGAGAACUCACUAGAACAAUGGCAGGAACAUGACCAGAAGUAUGAAGUUUUGUCUCAAUGGCUAAAAGAUGUAGAGAGUAACAUGAGGUUAGAGACUGCUCUCAAGCCAGACCUGAGUGGAAAGAAGGAGCAACUAGAGUUUUUGAAAGCUCUAGAACAAUCAGUCCAGACACAUCGAUCUGAGAUUGAAGGCAUCAGAGACACUGCACAGGAGAUUAGUAACGUCAGUGGAGACAGUCGGACUCUAUCUUAUGCUGGUCAGUUAGUGACCCGCUAUCAGUCUCUGGCUUCAUCGGUCAAGGAACAACUGGAUAAAUGCAAACAAAAUAUCGAAGACCACAAUGUCUAUGAGAAAAGUCAGAAAGCUGCUGCUGAUUGGUUGAAGUCAGCUAGACAACAACUUGAACAAUGUGCAUCUGUUACAGGAGAUGAAGACUCUCUCAAUACAAAGUUGAAAAUACUCCAGAGUUUGAUCGCUAAUAAAGAAAAUGGUGCAUCCAUAUUUAACACAGCAAUCGAAGCUGGAGAAAAGUUGUAUCCCAACACUGCUAAUGAGGGCAGAGAGAGCAUCCGAAGGGAAUUGAGAGGCCUAAGAGAAUCCUGGGAAAUGUUCAAUGACAAUCUAAAUGAGACACAGAGACAGCUGGACAGUAGCAGGAUGCAGUGGCAGUCAUUUGAUGAGAACUUUGAUCAGUUAUAUCAGUGGGUCCAGGAUGUUGAGUCUAAAGUGGAGAUAGAGCCAGAACUUAAAUCCUCAUUACAAGAGAAGAAAGCCUUGUUACAAAACUAUAAGACCAAGUAUCAGGACAUAAAGUCUCAUCAAAAAAUGAUUGACAGCAUCAGUGACAAGGGCAGUGCACUCUCAUCUUCACAGGUCAGAAACAAACUGGCACAGCUCAACAACAAAUAUCAGAUCUUGUGUAAAAAUGCAGAGAAUUGUUCUCAAAAGGCAGAAAAUUUUGUAGAUGAGCAUCAGCAGUACCAAGAUUUGUAUCAGCACUGCCGUGAUUGGAUGCAUUCCACAAGUGAUAAAGUAGCUGUCUGCUCAGAGCUAGGAGGAGAUAAGCAAGCUUUGCAGAACAGACUUGAAAGAUUAAAAGAGAUUGUUUCCACUUACAAAGAUGGAGAGAUGAAAAUUAAAGAGGCUCACAAACAAGGGCAUGCUACUCUUACCCACACAUCACCUUCUGGGCAGGCCAACAUUAGACAUGAACUUGAAUCCCUCAGCUCAGACUGGGAACAGCUUGUGAAUCGUAUCAACCAAAGUCAAGAAGAUCUUAUGCAUGCUAUUAAUGCCUUAGAUUUGUAUGAUGGCUCUUGUGAAGUCUUAAACAAAUGGCUAAAAGAAACUGAGUCAAAGUUCAAAGACUGUGACCUGAAGACCACACUCAGGGACAAAGCUUUACAAGUAGAAACAUUCAAAGCUUUGCAGAAAGAAAUAUUAUCCAAGCAAGAUCAAAUUAAUAAUUUACAAAACAUGGCUGCACAAGUACAGACCAGUGAUCCAAGGCUGGCCAGUUAUAGUACGCAGCUGGCUACCAAAUAUGAAACUUUAAAAAAUCUUGCCAGGGAGACAAUAGCCAAAUGGGAAGACUAUGUUGAAGAGCACAAAGUAUUUGAAGAAAACUACACACAAUGUAUUGAAUGGGUGGACACUUUAAGAAAAAGAUUACAAGUGUGCUCAGAUUUAGCAGGUGACAAACAAGAUGUAGAGGAGAGAAUAUUCAAACUUCAGGAAUUGUCUGCAGAAAGAGAUGAAGGUGCUAAUCAUGUUCAUCAGACAACAGAGAUUGGUGAACGUCUAUACGCCAAUACUUCCUCUCAGGGCAGAGAUAUGAUCAGACAAGACAUAAGAAAUUUGAGAGAUGAUUGGGAAGCAUUUAGAGAUGAGAUCUCAGAUGUUCAGCGCAAACUUGAUCUAAAUCUUAAUCAGUGGUCUUCCUAUGAUGAAAACUUUGACAUUUUCCAAAAAUGGCUUUUGGACAUGGAAGUAAAGCUGAAAGAAGAUGCAGAACUUAAAGCUACUUUGCCAGAGAAGAAAGCUCAACUUCAGAACCACAAGGUUCGCCAUCAAGACAUUCUAUCACGUGAACACAUAAUUGACAACUUGACAGAGAAAGCACAAGCUUUGACACAGUCUGCACCUUCAGCCAAGGUAAAGAAGUUUGUUGGUGAGCUAAAGCGUAAAUAUGAAACCAUCUGUCAGACAUCUAAAGGUAUUUUAGACAAACUAGAGACCACCAUGAGAGACCAUCAGCAGUACCAGGAUGUAUCACAGGACUUCACUGAUUGGUUGAAUUCUGCUCGUGAGAGAUUGGCUGCCUGCUCUGAUAGGUCUGGAGAUAAGUUGUCUUUACAGGGAAAAAGAGAGAGACUAAAAGAAAUAAGCAGCAAUGUCAAAGAAGGUGAAAGGAAGUUAAACCUUACCCAACAGCUUGGAGCUGCUACUGCUCAUAACACAUCCACUCAAGGUAGAGAUGUCCUGCAGCGUGAACUAGAUCACUUCCAGAGGGAGUGGAAAGACUACUUGAACUUGAUGCACCACACUGAGACCUCCCUGGACCAGACCAUGAGCAUGUGGGGAGACUUUGAGGCUAAGUUUGAACAAUUUGCUGAGUGGCUGAAGAAGAUUGAGCAGAAGGUUAAAGGGCAUGAACUUAAGAAUACAUUGAAGGAAAAACAAGCUCAGGUGGAAACAUUCAAGCGCCAGCGGGAAGAAAUACUUAGCCACCAAACUGAAAUAGAUAAAUUCACUGAUGAUGCUCAAAGUCUGAUGCACACUAGCUCUGAUGUUCGAUUAAGUUCUCAAGUUACCCAGCUGACUAACAAAUAUCAAGGGCUGCUCUCAUUGGUUAAGGAUCUGAUUUCUAAGUGGGAAAAAUAUGUCCAGGAUCACCAAAUGUAUGAUAGCCGUAUGGAGGAGUUAAAGAACUGGAUGAAUGUGGCCAAUCAGAAAUUGUCUCAGUGUGCUCAGCCAGUUAAAGAUCAAGGGUCUCUUGAGGAGAAGAGAGCUUUAGUACAAAUGCUAUUUACAGAGAAAGAUCAUGGCCAUCAGAAACUUAUGUCCACCCUAGAGUCAGGUGAGAAACUUUCUCCUGAUACUGCAGCUGUAGGACGUGAAAAGGUCAGGGGAGAGCUUAGAGGAGCUAAACAGGAAUGGGAGGAUUUCUUGGCAGGACUGAAUGAUGCCCAGAGACAUGUUGACUCUUACAUGCACCAGUGGUCAUCUUACACAGAUGGCCAGGACCAGAUGUUAAGAUGGAUGGCAGAAACUGAGGCAGCACUUAGGGCUGAUGUUGAACUGAAGAAUACUUUGCAGGAAAAAAGGGUUCAGCUUCAGGCUCAGAGAAGCCUACUUCAAGACGUUGUAUCUCAUAAAAGACUAGUGGACUCGGUCAUAGAAAAAGCGCAAGGUGUAAUUAAGACCACAGCCAACCCAGAAGUUUCAGAUUUCAUUACAAGCGUCAGCUCCAGAUAUGAAAAGCUCAAUUCAGAUGUGAAGGCCAUGAUUCAGAGGUCAGAGCAGCAUGUUGGUGUUCAUCAACAGUACCAGACCAGUAUGCAGGCUGCAGUGGACUGGCUGUCAUCAAUGAAAGACAAACAAAGUCUUUGUGCAGACACAAAAGGAGAUAAACACACAGUGAAAAACAAACUGGAAAGACUUGGGGAAUUGAUCAACAGCAUGCCUGCAGGGGCCAGUAAGGUGAAAGAAUGUGAAAACCUGGCACAGUCCACUAUGGACACAACCAGUCUAAAGGGUCGUCAGGUCAUCCAGUCAGACCUUGAUGUGCUGAGGUCAGAUUGGGAGGACUAUACUAACAAAUUAAGUUCACUGAAAGAAAGUUUAGAGCAGGCCUUGAGAUACUGGAAUAUGUAUGACUCUAAUUACCAACAACAUGCUGACUGGCUCAAGGCAUGUGAAAAACAGAUCAAAGAUUGUCCUUUAAAAUCAACCUUAGAAGAAAAAAGAGAGCUUUUGUCCAAAUAUCAGCACUUGUUGAUCUACUUUGAGGAUAUGGAUAACAUGUUUAGAGAUGAGAGAGAAUUACUCCAUGAAAUCAAGAGUCAACAGCGAGAUAUUGAUAAGUUUACAGAUGAAGCUCAGACCUUACAGCAACUGACCUCAGAAUCAAGAGUUGGAACUUUUGUCUCUCAACUCACAGCCCGCUAUCAAGCUUUGAUCUCGUCAGGAAAAGAACUUGUCAAGAAACAUGAACAGAGUGUAGAGGAUCAUGAAGUUUACAAAAGCAAAUACACUGAAUGCUCUCAAUGGCUUGACAAAGCUAAAAAGAAAUUCUCAGAGUGUUCAGAAACGGCUGGAACUAGAGGAGAGCUGGAAGAUCGUCUGGAAAAAAUUCAGGAUCUUGUCCAUGAAAGAGACAUUGGCUCAACAAAGUUAAACAGUUGUAUUGAGAUAGGUGAAAAGGUCUAUCCUAACACCCACCCUGAUGGUCGUGAGGUUAUCAGGCAAGAACUUUGUAAACUCAAGUUGGGCUAUGAGAAUCUGUUUGAUGAGCUCUCAACUGUCCAGAGAAAACUGGAAGUAUCAUUAGUACAGUGGACCUCUUUUGAUGAAAGUAAUGGCCAGGUUGAACAGUGGCUAAGACAAAUGGAGUCCCAACUAGAAGGGCAGACUCCCUUGAAGGCAACACUGGAAGAGAAAAAGUCACAACUUCAUAACUACAGGGCUCUGCAGCAAGAUGUUCUGUCCUAUCAGAGAAUAAUUGAUAGUAUAUCUGAAAAAGCUUCAAGUCUUACACAGAACAGUGCUGACCGAGAAAUGGCCAGAUUUAUUUCUCAAACUGGAACCCGUUAUAAAAAAUUAAAUUCUGCAGCUAAGGAGCGUGUUAGUCUGUAUGAGAAUUUUGUGACUGAGCAUCAACAAUACAAUGACCUGUACAAUGAAUGUGUAGAGUGGCUGAACUCCAUUAGAGAAAGACUCUCAGCUUGUUCGGAUUUGUCAGGAGAUAAAAAUGCCAUUCAGAGUCGCUUAGAUAAAAUACAGGACAUUUUGACCACCAAAACUGAAGGGGAGCCAAAAGUGAAGAGGGUUUUGGAGCUUGCUGAUCAAAUCUUGCCCCACACUGCAGCUCAGGGGAAAGAAGUGAUUCUGAGAGAAACAGAAGCUUUGAAAGAUGACUGGGAGGCUUUCAUUAAAGCAUUGACCAAGACUAAAAAAGAAUUAGAAAUGUGCAUGGAAAAAUGGAAAGACUUUGAGUCCUGGAAUGAAAAAUGCAGUUCCUGGCUGAAAGAUCUUGACAGUCAGCUGAGAGAUGUCGAGCUCAGAGCAACAUUACAACAGAAACAGACUCAACUGGACAAAAUUAAGGAGCUUCAAAUUGUUGUAGCUAAUCACCAAAAGGAUCUAGACUCUUUAAGUGAUGCUGCUCAAGAUCUUGUUCGAAUCAGUACAGAUUCCAGAAUAAUGAGUCAGGCUUCACAGCUGACCACCAAGCAUCAAACAGACACUAUUAAUAUCAAGGAACUAUGUCGAAGGUGGGGUCAAUAUGUCGCAGAUCAUCAAACAUACAAUCAAGAUUAUGAACAAUGUAAAACCUGGUUGAACCAGAUGAAGAGGAAGGUUGCCAAUAUUUUGGACACAAGUGGAGACAAAACAACUGUCCAGGAGAGACUCAAACAAGUAUUGGAUUUAAUGAAUGAGAAAGAGGAAGGACUUCACUUGCUGCAGGUUGCCUUGGACAGUCUGCAGGCUGUUUUGCCCAAUACUUCUGUAAUUGGAAGAGAUGACCUGAGGCGUGAGAUGCAGGCCUUGCAGCAGGAAUAUGACAGCCUGUCAGCUGACAUCAAUGAUGCUAAGACACAGUUGGAUGGCACACUUGCUCAGUGGACUGUGUAUGAUGACAGUGUUGAGCAACUACAGAGGUGGCUUAAAGACCUUGAGUCUCAGAUAGAGUCUGACUCCCAGCUACAGAACACACUUCAGGAGAAGAAGUUACAACUGGAUAGAGUCAAGGUUCUUCAACUAAACAUCUCCAGCCAGCAGAGCACUAUUGAUAACCUUAAUGAAAAGGCCCUUACACUGAAAAAAACAAGCCAAGACAGUAAUUUAGGAGCUCAAAUUGCACAAGUUGUGGCCAGAUAUGAAAACCUGGUGAAAAAAGCAAAGAAUGUUAAUGAACAAUGUGAGAAGAACUUAAGAGACCACCAGAUCUAUAGAGACACCUACAUGGACACUUCUGAUUGGCUGGGCACCUCAAUGGACAAGUUGAGCCUUUGUAGUGAUGUCAGAGGAGAUAGACAUGCCAUAGAGACACAGCUACACAAAGUGGAGGAACUAGCUUUGACUAGUGAUUAUGGACACAAAAAACUUGAGGAGACACAACAAAAAAGUGCUUUGGUCAUCCCCGAGACCUCUAGCCAUGGUCAAGAACUUAUCAGAGAAGAAAUGGAUAUGCUGACCAAAGACUUUGAAGAGUUUGAAACUGAUCUCAGUGACUUAACUGACACAUUGACUACUUUGAAAGACAGAUGGACCAGGUUUGAAAUGUUCUAUGAAGAACUUAGCCAUUGGAUUAAAGACACUGAGAACACUAUUAAAUCUGACUCUGACCUCAAGUCCAGUUUAGAGCAGAAACAAGUUUUACUCAACUCACACAAAGAGGCUCAUGAAGAAAUAAUUCAACAGCAAGCAGCCUUUGAUCAGCUUAGUGAGCAGGCUCAGAUUUUGAUGCAGUCGUCAAUUGAUGCUAGAAUCUCCACACAAAUAACUCAGUUGCGUACCAGAUAUUUAGCCCUUAUCACACUGUCAAAGGAUCUUCUAAAAAGAUAUGAACAAACAGUUCAAAACCAUAAAUAUUACAGUGAUGCCUAUGCUAGGUCCAGGUUGUGGUUAGAUGAAACACGAAAAAAGUUGGCUGUGUGUGCUGAUACUUCAGGGGACAGAUACACCAUCCAAACUCAAUUAGAAAAACUUCAGGAAUUUCUUGUGAUCAAAGAAGAAGGCCAGAUACACCUCCAUACAGCUGUCACUUGGGGAGAGAAAAGUAUGGCUACUACAUCAGUGGAGGGAAGGGAAAUCAUUAGGAAUGAUUUAAACAAGCUGCAGGCAGAUUGGGACAAUUUGGUAUCUCAGGUUAGUGAUACCAAAGUACUUCUGGAGUCUUGUUUACUCCAAUGGAGUGACUACAAUGUCUCCAAUGACCAAGUCUUGAGGUGGCUCAAAGAUAUGGAGAGGAGGCUCAGAGAUGCAACACCCAAGACAGAUCUUGGGGAGAAGAAAGCAGAACUGCAGAGAAUUAAGGGCCUGUAUCAAGAUAUAGUUUCCUAUGAACAAAUGGUUGAGUCUGUCACUUUUAAGGCCAGUGACUUGGCAGAGAAGAGUCCAGCAAGUAGGACCACUAUUGAUACUUCACAAAUACAAAGUCGAUAUGUCAGUGUCAAGGAACAGGCCAAGGAUUUAUUGGCUAAAAGUGAACAGAAUGUUGCACAUCAUCAAGAUUUUCUAGAUAGCUGUAAUAGUUUUGCAUCUUGGUUAAGAACAGCUUUUGAGAAGCUUACAACUUGCUCUGAUACUUAUGGUGAAAAGUCUGCUAUUGAAUCUAAAAUUGACUGGGCCAAGUCCCUUUUAGCUGACCUCCAUGAAGGUUCACAGAGAUUGGCUCAUGCUGUUAGAGCAGGGGAGGCAACACUACCUACCACGUCUGCUUCAGGACAAACCAAAAUUAGACAAGAAAUUCAAGCGAUGAACAGAGAAUUUGAAGAAUUCAGAGUUCAACUUAUGCAGAGUCAAUCUGACCUUGAAAUCUGUCUCACUCGAUGGGAUGAGUUUGAACACAGUUAUCAAGAAUUUGGCAACUGGCUUCGAGAAACUGAAGUGCUGCUGAGAAGUGAACUCAACCUGAAGUCAACACUGGAAGAGAAAAAGCAACACUGGGAAGAGUAUCAGCUCCACUUUGAAGAUGCUAUUUCUCAUCAGUCCUCACUUGAUAAAGUGAGUGAAAAAGCUCAAGCUCUACUUCUGACUAAUGCAGACGCCAAAACUUCACAUGCCAUCACUCAGUUGACUACAAGAUACCAUGGCAUCAUCUCACUGGCCAAGGACAUCACCAGCAAUCUAGAAGUGUAUUACAACCACCACAAACUCUACCAGCACAACCUUCAUCUCUUCAAUGAAUGGUUGAAGGAUAUAAAGCAGAAGCUCAAACUGCUUGAUGAUGACAAAGGAUCUAAAGAUCUUGUCCACAAUAAACUUCUGGACAUUGAUGAAAUUCAAGGUGCUCUUGAUCAAGGUCAUUCUAUUUUAAGAACAGUUCUAGAAAGCUGUGAGAAAACAUUACCCAACACAAAUCAAAGAGGUGCCCACAUCAUCAGAGGGGAGGCAGACAAUGUCAAGGCUGAAUAUGAAAACAUUUUGACCCAAGUGUCUUCUAUCAAACGUCGACUAGAAGGAGCAGUAACUCACUGGGAUGACUUUGACUCUAUGUUCCAUGCAAUGGCUGAAUGGAUGUCUGAUGUGGAACAAAGACUUGGUGUCAGUACAGACUACAAGAAUGACCUGCCAGAGAAAAGAUCAACCCUAGAAAAAUAUAAAGCUCUUCAGUCAGAUAUACAGUCUCAUCAAGAUCAACUCAAAAGACUGGAAGAGAAAGCUAGUCAAGUGAAAGAUAGUCUACCUAAAUCAAAAACAUCAGAACUUAGAAAUAAAUACUCCUCCCUGGUCCAGCACUGCAAGGAUAUUGUUGGACGUGUUGAAGAACAAGUUGAGAGUCAUGAAGAAUUUCGCAAGUCCUACUUUGACUGUCUUGAUUGGCUGGCCAAUACUAAACACUGGCUGCAGCGAUUGGCUGAUUAUUCAGGAGACAAAAGAACACUCCAAGACAGACUUCAUCAACUUAGGGAGUUCAAGCCAGAAUUGAGUCAAUGUCAAGAGAUGUUGAAGCGUACAUCUGAGCUUGGAGAGAAACUGUGCAGAACUACCUCUUCAAGAGGCCAAGAUCUUGUGCAGAAAGAUGUUGAUAGCCUUCAUGAAGACUGGAAAAACUUCUCUGUUGCCUUUAGUGAGGUGGAAAGGAAUCUAGAGGCUAGUAUAGCCCACUGGCUGGAACUGGAUGAUGACCAACAGACAUUCACUAAUUGGCUGGAGAGAAUGGAAUCAAAAGUGAAGAACUUGUUAGAGACCAAAGCUAACUAUGCUAGGAAGAAGAGUCAGCUGCAAGAAGGGGAGGAUCUUUAUGACUCUAUACUGACUCACAAGUCAGAAUUGAGCAAAAUUCGAGACAGAGGAGAUGCCAUUGCCCAACGCAGUAGUGAUAUCAAAGUGUCCAACAGUUUAAUGCAGAUGUCCACCAGAUACCAAGUUCUCUGCUCAGCUGCCAAGACUGCUGUGGGCAAGUUGAGAGAAAUUAUGAAUGACCAUAGAAACUAUGAUGAAGCACUAGACAGUGCAUCCACCUGGCUGAAACAGAUCAAUCAAAAAGUAUUGGCCUGCAGUGAUAGCUCUGGUGACUGGCAUACCAUUCAAGAUAGGAUUGAAGAUAUCAAAGAUGUGACAGCCAACAUGGAUGAAGGGCUUCAGAAAGUGAACUAUGUCUGUGAUCAGGCUGAGAAAAUUUUACCUCAUACUUCCUUAGAAGGCAAGAAACUGAUUGAGGAGCAGGUCACUGAACUAACUAACCAAUGGGAAGAUUUGAAUCAAGCUAUUGCAGACUGUACUGCCAUGCUGGAAGGGGUUCAACAGAGGUGGCAUGAAUAUGAACAGUACUAUGGUACUCUGGUCAAAUGGGUGGCUGAUAUUGAGACUGUUUUAAGAACAAACCCUGAACCCCUGGCUCAGUUACCUGACAGGAAAAAUCAACUUGAUAGAUAUAGGAUGAUCUUGGCAGAUAUAGAGAACCACAGGCGACUUGUGAAUGAGCUAGCUGACAGAGUAGCCAACCUUGAAGCCUUAUGUGAUAAUACAGAUGUUGGAGAUUCAUUGGUAGAUAUACAGGAAAGAUACUCAAAACUUUUGGAUAAAGCUAGUGAACUUGUUGAAGUGCUGCAAUGUGGUUAUGAUGAGCACCAGUCUUUCUUUGAGGCUCACCAAGACUGUGAGAGAUGGUUGAUGAAUAUGUCCCACAAGCUGAUGGCACACAAUUCACUCAGUACAUCUAGCUAUGAAUUGACAACUAGACAGAUUGAUAGACAUAAAUUGAUUCUGCGGGAGAUCGAUGACUAUCGCCAGACUUUAGACUCAGUCAAUCGUCUAGGUCAGCAACUAAUUCUGAACAAUGCUCGUAUUCCUAACUUGGCCAGUCAGGUACAUGCCCGUCUCAGUAAUCUGGAGGAGAGCUACUUAAACUUACAGUCCACAGCACAUCAGAUUAGGGAUCAACUUGAUGCUGUCCUGAAAAAAUGGCAGAGCUAUAAAGAACUUCUUGAUUCUACCCAUAAAUAUGUGACCAAUGAGUUUCCUGAUUGGCUGGCCAAGGCAGAGAGAAAUAUACCAGACACACUUGAAGAGACACAAAAACAAAGGGAAGCUACACAGGCUGUUCUAGAAAAACUUUAUGGAAUGAAACAGAAUCUGCUUACCUCACUAAGACAGUGCCAGAAUGUUGGCAGUACAGAGCAACUGGACAAAACGGAAGACACAUCUGAGUCUGCUGUCACUCAGUUUGCUGAAGAGGUUCAUAGCCAGCUAGCCUCUUGUAUCAGUCAGGCUGAGAAAUGUCUUGACCACCUACGAGACAUGAUGAAGAAAUGGGACUCUGUGGAUAGAAUGAGACAAGACCUAAGACACUGGCUUCACAGUAAACAAGAACAUCUGGAGGAGAUAGAGAAAAUGCCCUGUAAACUGCACUCAGAGGCAGCAGAACUGGACAUUAAGAGGUUAAAGGCAUUCCAAGAGGAAGUCAAAAGUAGACAAGCAGAUGUUGAAGAACUACAGUCAUUUUAUAAAUCUCUGACCCAACACAAUCCAUCUCCUGCUGAUCCAGUGAUCAGAGCUAUUAAAGAUGACUGGGAGGAGCUUCUGGGCCAGUUGGAAAUGCUAAUUCAUGACCGUGAGACAUCCAUGGCUCAAGCAAGGGCCUUACAGCUCCAUCAUGAAACAAUUGAUGAAGACUUGGAGAAUUAUGUUAGGGAACUUGAACGGAUAGACAAGGAGGAGAGUUCUCUUCAGGACAAGAAUAAUGAAAUACAGAAACUUGUAGAAAGAGUUCUACAACUAAGGGAGAGAAUUACACAAGUAGAAGAAGAAAGUGACAGUGUUUGCUGCAAACUAAGCCAGCCUGACAGAAAUCUUGUUGAAGAAAGGAUUAGAGAUAGAGAGAAUUCUCUAAACAAACUUGAGCUGAACAUCCAGCAUAGACUUCAGGGCUACACAUCUAUUGAGUCUGAUCUCAUGGUUAUCAAGGAGGAAGCAAAGAUAUAUAUGGGCUGGCUGGAGGAACAAGAAGACAGGUUGAGGAGCAAUGACCAGCUGACCAGGCAUACAAUUGAAGAACUCCAGGAGAAACUAAACAGCUUCAAGGCAUUAGAAGAUGAAUUAAAUCAGAAGCAGGUAACUCUACAUGAAGUUCACCAAAAAGUCCAUGAUAUUGUGGCUAAUCUCCCUGUACAAGAGAAAGAAGUUCUGGAAAAGCUGAUGGCUACUGUUCAAAGCCAACACAAUGAAGUGUACAGUUCCUUGUCCCACAAGUUCCAGCAGCUGGAAGACAUGACCAGCUGCAGUCUGGAGUUCAAUCAGAAGAUGGACAGAGAGACUAAAAUCUUGCAGGAGAGAGAGAAGGAAUUUCAAGGGCUGAGCAGCACUUAUGUCUUCAACUCACUGGACACUGAGAAAAUGUUGGAGAAAUACAAGUCACUGAAUGUGAAGGUCAAAGUUCAAUUUAAAAGUAUCAGUGAGCUAGAGAAAAAAACUGAGUAUAUGAUGGACAACAUGACAGAGCAGGGAAGAGCUGACAUCAGAAGUGCCAUAGCAGAGUUAUCUGAACAACAUGAGGAGUUCUUCAAAAGAUUGACACAGAAACAGAAUGACCUUCAAGAGUACUUGAUGUGCCUCAAGAAAUUUGAAGGUCAAACUUUGAAGCUGGAACUGUGGUGUAAUGAGACUGUCAAGCAAUUAGACGAAAGUGUCCUUGGAACUUUGCCCACUGAAAUGGUGGAGGAAAGAUUAUCUGCUAUUAAGGGUUUGAGUAAAAAGAUUUCUUCUUAUGAGACAUUGCUUCAAGAAAUGAUAGUCUUCCAAGAGAAUUAUCUCCCUUUACUGUCAGAAACAGAUCAACUCAAGCUACAAGAACAUCUAGAUUUGAUCAAAUCAAAAUUUGACAGUGUUUGUGACCAGGUCCAAUGUCAAGCCAAGAAAUAUGAAGACUAUAUAGUAGAACAAAACACUAUUGAAAACACAGUGUCCGUUUGUGAUGAGUUUCUUCUCUCUGUGCAAACUGAAGUGAAACAGAUCAAUCUAUCACUAGGUCCAAGCAUAGAGGAUGUGCAGCUUGUCCUUCACAAAUAUGAGAAAAUAAAAGAGUCACUUCAUGACUUUGAGCCCAAGCUAACAGAGUUGGACAGUAUGAAAGAAAAACUGGAUGGCUCACAGCCUAUUGCUGCUGUCCUACUGAGAAUCACAGAGACAUACAAGUUUCUACUUCACAAAGUUGGCCAUCAUGUAGAGAUGUGCCAGUCAGCCAUUGAGUCCAGAGACAAGUUUGAACUACAGUUGUCCCAGCUAGACUCAACUCUAGCAGAAUGUGAAAUGUUAUUAGCACAUUCUGAAACUAAAAAUGUGUCUAAAUAUCAAAGUGUUCAGCUUGUUCAGGAGAAGCUUGAAGCCAUUGAGUUAGAAUUAAUCAAAUCUAUGGAAAGAGCAAAACUUAUUGAACAGGAGGAUACUGAUAACCCAGUGACUAUUUUAUCUGACAGAGUGGAGAUAAUGAACCAAAGGUGUAAGAUGUUAAGAGAAGAGAUUCAAAGCUACCAACAACUUGUGGCGUCUGCUGAAGUGGAGAGAGAAAAAUUUGAAACUUUGGUGGAAGAUGUGGUGAUCUGGUUUGAUGAGAAAGAAGAAUGGAUCGCUUCUUGCUCCUCAGUACCUCUAGCUGAAGCUGAAACAUCGGCCAUUAUUGAUAAACAUAAAUUAAUUUCAUUAGAAGUCUCUGCUAAACUAAAAGAAGUUAAAAGUCUGGCCAACACACUUGUUGAACAAUGUGGUCAGAUUGGAUUGCCUCUUUCAGCACAAGUUACUGCCAAGCUCACGCAAAUAAAUCAUCUGGAAGAGUUAACCAUGGCAGCCAUAUUGACAAAAGAAACAUAUUUGGAAGAAGCUCACAGCAAAAGAAAACAAUUUGAAAGCUGUAGUAAAGACGUUUCUGAUUGGUUGACACAAGCUUCAGAUUUAUUGGAUUCUGGUUAUGAUGGUUUGGAUUAUGAUACCCUUGAUGAGACCAUCACCCAGUUGACUGAUUUUUUCACUGUUGCCAGUUUUAGUCAGGAAAUGUUGACUCAGAUAGAUGAAGUCUCGGCUAACUUGUUUCCCACCUUGGACACCAAUGAUAGCAUGACCUUGAAUCAAACAUUGAAAAACUUCAAGCAGAAGUAUUCCAAAAUUGUUUCAGCUGCUCAGAAUAAGAUGGCUGUCAUGAAGAGUAAAUCAGAACAAUGGAGACAACUCCAGAAAAAUUGUAGUGAUCUAAGCAGCAAGUUAGAUGCUUUGAAAGAUGAUUGGUCAGAAAUAAAUAAAUGUUCUGAUGCUAGUCCUGAAUUUGUCCAAUCACAUCUUGAGAAAGUUAAGACUUUUCUAGAAGAUGUGGAGCUAAACAGACCUGUCAUUGACAAUGUGAAUGAAACUGUGCGUGAUCUUGAGAGAGUGGCCAACAGCAAAACUCGUGAUGCAUUAAGUCGUUUAGUGGAAUCAUUAAAUACAAGAUGGACAGACUUAGUUGGUGAUGUGGAAGUCAGAACUUCAACCUUACAAGAUAUUGACAGUCAGUGGAGAGACUUCACAGAGAUAAUGGCUUCCUUUAUGAUCACUAUUGAAAAGUCUGAGUCCAGGAUGACAACCAAAUAUGAUGCCUAUACAUACACUGGUCUCUGUCAACGCCUGAGUGAUUUAAAGGAAGUGCUUGAGAAUCUAGAAAACAUGGAGCCCACUAUUGCUCAGCUGAACACAACCAGGAUGAUGUUACAGAGGGCACUACCAACAGCUGAGGCUAAGAUAGCAUCUCAAGAACAGUUCCUUCUUAUCAUGGAGAAGUGUGAGAGACUAACAGUGAAAGUCAGAGAAGAAAUGUCUGCUUUAAAGGAAGAGCUAGAGAGUAGAGAUAAACUGAUGUCAGACAUUGACCAGAUGACAGUUUGGCUGCAGGACACCAUGUACAUGAUCCAGACCAAUAAAGAAGACAUACAAACCAUUGCUGAGCUCAAAAUUUAUGAGCAAGAAAUGGUGAUACACAUGGAAGAGAUGAAAUCAUUAGAACUCUCCAUGGAGACUAAAUACUCUUCCCGAGGGUUAGAAGUUCCUUUAGAAAUUCAGGAACAUUUCACAGAUCUGCAUUCUGCUGAGUCCACAGCCAGAGCAGCAGUUCGGUACAUAGAAGAGGAGCUGCUCCAUCUGAAGGAAGACAGAGAGAUGUUCAGAACUGUGCUCAUCAGAGUCACAACAUGGUUCCAACAGACUGACAUGAAGCUACAAGAAGAUAUUCUCAGCAUUGAGGAGGCACAACUUGCUCAUCAGGUUCUUGUGUCAGAACUCGAUGACGUUAAAACCAACCUUGACUUGCUGAGAAGAAAGGGCGGGGCCAUCAUUUGCCACAGUUUGGACUUUGAAGAGAAACACGAAGUUCAGCAAAGUCUAGCAGACGUGAACAGGCAGUGGCUGACAUUACAGGCCAGUAUUGUCGAGCAAUCACAGAAGCUGACAGAUGCUGCUGAUUUGUCUCAUGCCAUUGAUGACCUUGCACAAGGAAUCAGAGAAUGGGUGGAGGAAGCAGAGGAGCUAGUCACUGCAGAAGUGAGAUGGUCAAACACUGACCAGUUGAAAGAUCAGCUUAGAAUUUAUAGGCGGGUGUUUAAGGAGUUAGACUCGAACCAAGACAAGGUGAUUGCCUUGAAUGCUAUGGUCAAGCAGCUGCAUCAGGUCUGUGAAUCACCUAACAAAAUGGUUGUAGUCAAUGACCUUAAAGAUAGAGUCAGCACUGUCCAGACUCGAACAGAAGAUAACAUGGUCAUUCUAGAAGAUGCCAACAAGAAAGUGGAGCAGUUUGAAAAGGAAAUCAAUGAACUGAUGAAAUGGCUGGAACAGACCAGGUCCAGGCUGACCAUGAGGGACACUACAACUGACCUGCACAAUCAACUAGCCAUACAGGAGCAACUGUACGAUGAGGUACUUAAAAACAAAGCUCACGCAGAGGAAGUUGUGUCCCAGAACCCUGAUGCUAGCUUUGGGCAGAUCUUGGGGGAUGCUUCCGGGGAGAUCACUCUCACGCCCGCUGCACGCCUGAUGUCAGAGAUGGCGCUGCUCGAGACGGCCACGAAGGAGCAGAUGGAGAGCUUGCAGCUGGCUGUGGCUCACAAGGAGCACUACGACAAGCAGGUGACGCUCCUGAACAAAGGGAUAGCCGAGGCCCAGCAGAAGCUGAACGCUUCGCCGGAGAGUGCUAGCAGUGUGAGUGUCUUGAAGAAACAGAUGCAGGAAAGAAACACUCUUGCCGCGCAGAUCAAGAAAGCCCAGGCCAUAGUGAGCGAGGUUCAGGAGAUGAGCCGCCAGCUGAUACUGGACAGCGCCAUGCUCAGCCCCAACGUAUUCCGAAAGCACUAUCUCCCAGAGUCCGCCUACACUGACUUUUUCACUGCCACAGCACAGCACCAACGGGGGAGCUCGUCACUUCCCCCCUUUAGCAACCUGUUCUAUGACUCACUGCCCAGCUUUGGCGAUGAUAUUCCAUUGAUAUUGGAAGCUAUCCACCCAACCACUUCGGAGUCGUCACUACCGGAUCCGAAAUCCGGGGAGCAUGCGCAGUACGCACCAUCCGAUGAUGUUAGCGACCUUGACUUUGUUUUACCAAAGAAAAUCCCGCCUCCAAAAACGGAUAGCAUUCCGAGGCCCACUUGGAGUGAGUGCAUACCAGCUAAAUCUGAUCCCACAUCUGAUCGGUCCGGUAGUUACACACUUUCUCGAUCGUUGGACAGCCCUGUGGCCACCACAGGCUCCUUUGAAUUGUCCUCUUCUACAGCCACACAGCCACCAAAAGACACCUCUCUCUCGGGCAGCAUCGUUUCCUCCAAGGUCAAUGCUCCCUAUUCUUCUGUGUUUACUGAUGCAGGACCUGAUGCGACUGUCUCCAGUGUUGACAGCGGGAUGGACUCAAUGGUGAGUUCUCUAGCUGACAAAUUGACCUCCUCUAUCCACUUGUCAGACCGUCCUCCAACGGGAGGCACCCCAACAGAAAUAUUGAGGAUGCUGGGCCCGUACGAGUUGACAUCUGGUACAAAAUUGGAAAAUGAAGAAUCAGAUUUGGAGACCUCCUGGGAAACUCUUCGCCAACAGAGUCAUUCUAAAGAGAGGGAGCUGCAAGAGACUGUCCAGAGACAAGAGAACUUCCAACAACUGGUUCAGAAUGUCACAACCAAAAUGGAGAAAUUGAACAUAAAACUGGCACAGAGUCCAGCUUCAGUAGCUUCAUCUUUAGAAAACCAAAUAUCUGAUUAUGAGGAAAAUUUAAAAGAAAUUGAGAGCAUUCAGGGAGACAUAACUCAAGUAAGAGAAUGGGGAGAGCAGCUGAUUAACUCCCCUGACUCUGAAGGUUCCAAAGCUAUGGAGGCUACACUGACCAUGUUACAAGAUAGAUUUAAUAAUCUUCAGUUACAGGCUGAAGAAAGGGGAAGGCAACUACAGGAUGCCCAAAGAGUCCAAGAGAAUCAUGCUGCUACAAAGAAGGUUUACAAGAAAAACAUCAGAGAUCUACAGGAGUGGGUCACUGAAAUGAAAAUUAGACAAGACACAUUGACUCUGAUAUCUGAUGACCCAGAGUAUCUUAGGACUUUGAUAGAUGAUAAUAAGGAGAUACAAGAAGAAAUAAACAACCGACUUUGUCAAUUGUCAGACCUGGCACUUCAGUGUGAUAUUGUCUGUCAGAAUGAAAAAGAUGAGUCAGCAGAAAAGCUUAGAAUGCAACUAGCAGAUCUUCAGAAUGAUCUGGGCCAAUUCAAGUUGAUGGUGAUUGAGAAGCAGGGUGAACUUAGUUCAGAGUUGAAGGACAUUGAGAAAAGAAAACAAGAAAUGGAGGACCAUGAGGCAUCUGUUCAAAGGAUGCAGAAACUAAUGGCUGAUUCAAAGCUGAUCACCAGUCAAAAUAUGCCUCUGCCUGAAUCCGAUAAGGAGAUAUACCAGGAACUUGUUACUGAUAUCAUAGCCCACAAAGAUCUGGUCCAGCAAAUUUCUGACCACCAGACUCGACCAGGGUCAUCAAGUGCAGCCAAUGUCACAGAGUGGGAGAUGAGAGAAGCUUGGCUUCAGCUAGGUCAAGAACAGAGGGACAAGAUGUCAAGUUUACAAACAGCAUUAAAAACAAAAAGUGGUGCACUCAGUACAUCAGCAUAUGGAUCAUCUGUGCAUCGUCAGUUUAUCAGCCAGUUUGACAAAGUGAUGGAGAGUCUGCAUCAAGCCAGCAGGGAAUGUAACACUUUACUCAAGACUAAAGACUUGCAGUCACAUGAUGCCAUGGCAUUUCAGCAACAGUACCAGUCUGUCUUACAAGAUAUUUCAAGCCUGCUUGACCUGGCUCAGGAGAAACUGUUUUCAAUUCCAUCUUCUGAAGAUUCAGUCAAAGAAAAUGAGAAUUUUCAGAAGCAAUUAAAGUCUCUACAGCAGCAAAUGACUUCAAUAGCUGGUGAGACAGAAACAUUGUUCAGAACAACCAGUUGCUCAAAUAGUGAUGCCAUGCAGAUGUCCAUUAAGACACUCACAGAAAGGAUCAAGUUACUGGCUGCCGCAGCAGAGUCACAAGGCUCAGAGCUGUUCAGCGCUGACAGGAAGUGGAAACAGUACCAGAUGGAUGUUGGGGAACUAAAGAGACGUCUGCUAGAAACACAGGAGCUUGUUUUACAGCCAAUGUCUUCAUUGACUCUAGAGCAACUUGUAGAAAAUAACCAGAAAAUUGAAAGGGAACUGAUUAAAUGUGAACAAGAGCUGAAAGAACUAAAGGUCAAAGAGUCCAGUUUAACUUAUCCUAAAGGAGCUUAUUUGUCAGAUCUCUCAGCAUUACAGUCUAAUUUUAUUGAGAUUCAUAGACGGGCUAUGGAGAGAAGGUCCACUGUCCAAAUGUCUAUUUCCUUUCAUGAUCAGUAUCAAAAGAUGUUAAAAGAUUAUGAAACAUUUUUAGAAACAGCUGAGAUCAAGUUAAAGUCAGAUUCCAUCACUGCCAGAUAUUUAGGUCAUCUAAAUCAGCAGUUACUUGCCCAUAAGGAUUUCUUCAGCGAUCUAGAAGCCAAUAAGGCAAUGCUAGAUUCCUUGGCCAAUCAAUGUGAUGAAUAUACAAAGUCAUCUCUACAGCACAAACUAUCAACCUUAAUUAACCUUACAUCUGUGUUGGUGGAUAAAGCCAGUUUACAGGGGCAGAGGCUAGAGAGACUGGUCAAAGAUUGGACAGAUUGUGAUGACAAGUUGAAAAAAGUUCAGAAAAAACUGCAGGCUAUAGAGUUUAAUAAACCAAAGCAUAUCAACUGUGCAGAUUCCUUGACAACUAUACAAAGCAAACUUAGCAGAUUCAAAAGUCUACAGCUGGAGCUGACUGGAGAAAGAAAUAUUGUCUAUGAAGUAGUGGAGAGAGGAAAGGUCAUCCUACAUAGUGUCAAUUGUCCCAGUCUGGAGUCAGACAUCACUGAUUUGGCUGAGAAAUGGGUUGCAUUGAACACUGAACUAACUAAUGAAAUGAAGAGAACUGAAAUUCUUGGAGACCAGUUGUCUGCCUUUGAAACCGAGGCAGCACUUCUCUCAUCAUGGCUGACUACUGCUAAAAUGAAACUAACCAGCUUUAGGCAGUUGUCCCUAAAUGAGUUGGAGACUAUAGCAGCAGUAAGAAAUAAAGUAGAGAAGGUGUUGGAAUUCCGUAAAGAAAUAGAAAAUCAACUUCCUUUGAAAAAUCGAGUGCUGGAAGUUGGCAACAAACUACUUCAAAACAAAAACUAUGACACCCGAGGCUUGUCUGACAGGUUAAGUAACUUUGAAGACGAAUGGAAACAUCUGGAGCUAGGUGUAUCAAAUCUGGAGAGAAUCUUGUUUGAAAGACAAAUGGAGUUGAUGCCGUCACGCCAAACACUCAUGGAGCUGACUGCAUGGAUUAAUAAAAUCAAGAAAUCUCUCGCCAAGGAUGCUCAGAAGAAGGUUGAAACUAUCUCUGAUAUUGAGUUGAUGAUACAAAAAUAUAAGGAUUAUAAAAUUGAGCUAACAAGUCGCCAGAUGCCAGUAGAUUUUGUCAACCAGCAAAUUUUAGCUCCACAGCCAGAUGAAAUCAAUGUACCACAUGAGAAACUUGAAUUUGCAGAAAAACUUGGCCACUUGAAUAGGAAGUGGAAAGAAGUGCUUCAAAAUGUGAAUGAUAGAUUAAAUACACUGAAGACACUUUAUGGCAAGUGGGAGGAGUUUGAACAAUCUCUGAAAAGACUUCAAACAUGGUUUACUGAACAAGAGGAUACAAUCAGACGCUAUAAGCUGAUUGGCCAUGAAGUAGGUGUCAAACAGACCUUAAGAGACCUUAAGUCUAUUCAGCAUCAACUGAAGCUGAAGUCAGAGGAUAUAAAGAGUCUGCAAGUACUUGGAAACAAUUUGAUUGACAUCAGCCAUGAAUCUCCUGGCUGCCAACAGUCAGUACGAGACAGUUUGUUGAGAAUUGAACAGAAUUGGACAAGGUUGGAUAACCAAGUGAAACAAAUGGAAGAUCUACUGUCAGAGAUGACAGACCAAUGGAGCACUUACCAUGCUGAUCUAGCCAGCCUGAACAUCUUACUUACUCAAACAGAAUACUCACUCAAUCAAUAUAAUCUGGUUGCUGGGGAUAUUGGUUCUCUUAGGUCCCAAGUGGCUAGACUACAGAUUUUGGAAAAGGAAUUCAACUUAAAUACAGAAAGACUCAACAGAUUCACCAUUUUGUCUGAACAACUGAAAUGUGUUUGUGAGCCUGAUGUGCAGGCAGACAUUCAGAGAACUGUGUCUGACCUUCAGGAUCGAUGGAAGCAGUUAAGUUCGGAUCUGACUGAGCGUUGCUACAAGUUAAAGCAGUGUCUCAGCCAAUGGGAGAACUUGGAAAGUCAAUACCGCAAGAUUCAAUGUUGGCUUGAUAUGAAGGAAUCUGAAUGCAGUGACAAGUUGCUAUUGAGAGACAAUCCAACAAGGCAACAAGCUUCUCUAAAUAAAAUUAAAGAAAUCCAAUCUGAACUGGAUAAUUACCAAUCUCAGAUGUCCAGUCUGUAUCAUUUCACUGACCUAAUCACCAAAUAUCUCAGUCCAUCUACGCUAUCAGUGAUUACAUCCAGGAACACUGCGUUAGAACAGAGAAUGUUGGGACUGAGGAAACAGCUGACUCAGCAGAUGUCUGCUCUCACUGAAGAUUUAUCUCAACUGAGUAGAUUCAGUAAAGCUUUUGAGGCUGUACAAAAGUUCCUAAGCACAGCAGAGGCAGUACUUAGACCUGAGGAUCCUGACAGAUCAGCUGAGGAAGAUGUGUUGAAACAAAGACAGACCACUUUGAGUGAACUUCUCUCAUCUUUUAUAAUUCACUACAACAAACUGGAUGCAGUCAAUGAUCUUGGAUAUCGCUUGGCAUUGAAUGACUUUGAUGCAACACGUUUGAAAGAACUGAACCACAAAUGGCAGAGACUAUAUGGAGAAACUAAUGACAGAUGCAGAAAACUUCAAGAACAUCUCCUGGUCCAACAGGACUUCAGUGCCAAGUGCCAGACCUGGAUGACAUUCUUGGCACAGACUGAGAAAGACCUGGCUAGAGAGCUGAAAGGAAAUCUAAAUGAUCUUAAAGAUCAGUUACGUCACUUUGAGCACUUUGAAAGUGAAGCCUACAGCCACCAACAAGUUUUAUAUGCCAUUAUAAGUGAUGGCAUGAGGAUGAUGAGAGCAGGGGAGGUGGAAGACAGAGAAGAGUUCCAAAAGAAGCUUAACCUGCUGUCUGACCAAUGGCAGAGUGUUUCCAGGCGAGUUCACCAAAGGAGAGUUCUGAUUGAAGAAUUGAUUAACCAUUGGAAUCAGUUGUACAUUCUCAGCAGGCAGCUGAAGGAAUGGCUGCAAGAGAAGGAAGACAACUUGAAGGCCUGUGAAUAUGAAAGUGACUCUCUACAUGUCAUACGAACACUGAUUGACAAAGUCAAGACCACACAGCGUGAGCUUACAAUGCAAGAAGCAACCUAUAACAAAAUUCAAGAACUAGGUGCAAUUGUAUUGCAAUAUGCUGAUCUGACUGAAGCUGAAACUGUGCAGGAAAUACUUUCUGAUCUCCAAAAUCGUUGGUUGAGAAUAUUUGGCCAACUAGGUGAGCACAAGUCUAGAUUUGAAGUGGUGAACAAACAAUGGCUGCACUGUGAGAAUGACAUUGAUGAACUUCUGCUUUGGCUCAAGGACAUUAGACUGGUUGUGCAGAGUGAUCUCCCCACAACAUAUGAAGAAAUACAAAAAGAGCUAAACAUAUGCAGGGACAUAUCAAUGGACUUUUCCAACUCUGAAGGCAAACGCCAGGAUCUGAUCAUGAAAGAAAGACAGUUGAGUAAACUGAUACAAACAGAAGAUAUGAAUAUUCUCAGACAAAGAAUUAGUCUGCUUAACAAACAGUGGGAGGAGCUACAGCAGCAGACACAGCUGAGGGAACAAAGACUCUCUGAGGCUCUUUACAGAUGGACCAAUGUUAACCAAGACAUUCAGUCUCUCACUGAAUGGAUUGAUGCUAUGGCAAUGAAAAUCACAUCAACUCAAGACAUUCAAGUAGAAGAGCUGUUGAAUAAACUAGAAAAGGAUUACAAAGAGGCAAUGGAAAAGAAGGAAGUUGAAAAGAAUGAAAUAGUCUCCAAAGGAAAACAUCUGAUCAGAAUCAGCAGUGAAAUACGUGCCUCAGACAUUGAACAAAAGGUUCUGAGAUUAGAGGAGAAAUGGGAACACUUGCAAUCACUCAUGGACUUUAGACACAGAAAGCUUAAAGAAACAGUUUUGGCGGUAAAACAACUGGAUGCAAGUAUGAAAAACUUGAGCCAAUGGCUUUCCAGUGUAGAGCAAGAACUCAGUUGUGGACUAGCUUAUAAGGAAACUAACCUAAGAGAGAUACAGAUCAAGUUGGAAGCUAAUGAGGAUCUCCAAAAAGAAAUAGAAAGUCAUGGAACUGGAGUGUCUGCUGUCUUGAACUUGUGUGAAGUGCUACUUCAUGACACAGAUGCAUGUCCUACAGAAACAGAAUUCAUGGCACUACAACAUGCCAGAAAGAACUUGGAAAAAAGAUGGAGAAAUAUUUGUACCCUGUCACCACAGAGAAGGACCAGAUUGGAAGAAACCUGGCAGAUGUGGGAGAAGUUUCAAAAUGACUGUCAGAGAUUUUCUGAUUGGUUAACACAAGCUGAAAGAGAUGUUAGAGAUUCUGAGUUGGAGAUUCCAAAUGUUAGAGUGGCUAAAGUGGAAAUAAUGAAAUAUGAGAAUCUACAAAGAAAUGUUCUUGAUCACCUUGGUGACCUGGAACAAAUCAACCGCCACUACUGUCAGCUGGCUAAAGAAGGUCGAACUGACAUGGAUGGAUCUCUGAAAGUAAAGAUGACAGACUUGAAUAACAGAUGGGACCUGCUACAGCAGAGAGUUACAGAGAUCAUGAAGAAAUUGAAAAAUUCAGCCAAUAUCUUAGAAGACUUUGAAACUACUAGAAGCUCUCUGAUGACUUGGCUAAGGCAGGUGGAGUUACAACUGACUGAAAUAGAAGACAUUACAAACUUAGACUUAGAAGGGAAAGUGACUCAGCUCAGAAAUAUUGAAGAUGAGAUUCACACAAGACGCUAUCGAAUGGAGUACCUUGACCAGGCGGCAUUGUAUUUGAUUCAGAAGGGAGACAGCCAUCAGGCACUGAGAGUGCAAGGAGAGCUUGAGGAGUAUAAAACAUUAUCCAAAAGAAUCUUAGAGAGGGUGGUCACCAACAAACUCAGGAUUGAACGGUUACUUGUAGCUCAGGGAGACAUUUACUUUGACAUCAAAAACCAAAGCUACUAUACCAUCUCAUCAGAGGCAAAUAGUCGUAGCAUCAGAGAUGCUCCUACAACAUUAGAGGCAAAGCCACAAGCAGAAAAUCUAACUAGAUAUCCACUAAGUUCAUCACCAGAAGUAAAAUACAGGUCCAGCCCUUCACCUAGCAGAGUCACACAGUCAUCUGGUCGCCACUCCAGCUCACCCAACAGGGGAAAUACAAUGCAAAAGUCACACUCACCUUCCAGGUGGAUCGAUUCUUCAGCUCAAAGGUCACAGUCUCCAUCUCCCAUUAGGUCAAGGUCACCUGCCAAGAGCUCUGUUGCACUGUCUUCUCACAGGUCAUCGCCAUCUCCUCAUAGGCUUUCACCAUCUCAAAGAACUGUUUCUCCUUUAUCUGAGAGAAGAAGAUUGUCUCCAAGCCCACAGAGAACAACACCUAGGCAGUCAAGGUCCCAUGGUGUCAGUGAUGUGACUGAUGGUAGAGCCUCACCUCACUUUGACCUCACAAGACUGGAAAGAAUCACAAAGAUAGAAGUGUUGCUAGAGGAGCUUGUAGACUGCAUCAGUGACUGCAACAAUCGAUUGAUGGAACUGGAAACUUUAAUGGGAACAAGAGGAGACUCAGAACAACUGGUCCAACAACUGGUAGAGUGUGAAGUUUCUGUCAGUAAAAUGGACAGUCUCUACAGAUUACUGAAAACUGAAACAGGACAAGAGUUACUGGGCAGUGUAGAGGAUGAAGUGAAGUUAAUCUAUCAGAAAUGGCAAAAGCUAAAAAUGUCUGCCAGUGAACAUAACUACAGAAACUCCCAAGAUUUGGCUCAGUUUAGUAACAAUCUGGACAAGAUGGCAGUUUGGUUGGAUGAAGCUGAAGCUCUACUUGCAACACAGAGACCACUUCCUGUUGACAUUGAUCAGUUAAAUCUUGUCAUCAGGCAGUUUACUGAUUUCAUGGCACAAUUAGAGUCGAAAAAGUUGUUGAUCUCUUCCAUUAACAUUAUGAGCAGUGGUUACCUUCUUGCCAAUGAUAAGACCACACGCCAACUCAAGAAGCAGCUACAGGACAUAAACAGAAGAUGGGAUUGUGUUUGUCUCACAGCCUCAGACAUGGAGAAAGAUCUGCAGAUUUCCCUGAUUCAAUGCCAAGAGUUCCACCACAACAUCCAUGACUAUAUCUUGUGGCUGGAUGACUUAGAGAGACAAGUACACUAUUGUGAACCUAUUAGUUCUGGAGAUGAACAAAAGUUAAUUGAAAAAUAUCAAAUACUUUUGGAUGUCUAUGAAGACUUGCAGAGCAAGCAAUCUAAAAUUUAUUUCCUCAAAGAAACUGCAGACAAACUUUUGCUGAGCACCUCUACACCUGAGAUGGCCAGCACCCGAGACAAAACUCACAUCAUUGGACACCGAAUGAGAUCUUUGACCAAUCUGGUGUCUUCAUACAUAGCUGGCCUGGAGAAAAAACUACAGUUGCUAAAAGCCAAACAAAAACUUGCAUAUAAUAAAGCUGAGGUAGACUCCUCUGGAUUUAGAACAGAACCACUGGCUUCCUUACAAAUGAAAGCAACAAAAAUGAAACCCAGAAAAAAAUCACCUAUUGCAAUUACCAGAAAGCCCUUAAAAGGAGUUACUGGCCCUUUGCUUCAUACCAGCCCAAAGGAUAAAGACAAUUUGAGCCCUAUAGAACUUGAAUCUCAUGCACAAGUCAUUACUCCUUCUAGAAUCCGUCCAUACUGGCUGUGGCGAGUACUGCGUGCUGCAAUACCUUUCAUACUGCUGCUAUUUUUGUUCCUUUUGUUUGCCUGUCUCAUUCCCUAUUGUGAAGAUGAAUACAGCUGCUUGCACAGUAACAAUUUACGCAAUUCUUUUACACCCAUGCUAAGUUACAGGGAUGGUGCCCCACCCACCUAACUUUUUAAUUGUUUUCACUUUAGAAAUUAGUUCUAUUCCUUACUGUUGAAUUUUAAAAUGUUGUGUGACCAGUCACAUUUUUUUUGGUGCUAAACAAGUAGCCAGAUAAUUGUCCACAUUGAUAUUAGAUUUAGAACAUGGUCUUUCUCAUAAUAGGCCAUACAGUGCUAGACAUUAACACACAUUCACAUUCCAUGGUUCACUGAUGUGCAGGCAGCUGUUGAGGUUCAUUUUUUUCUCCACUCUGUUUAGUAUAUCCCAACUCUACUACAUCAUUUUUCCCUAUCAGCCAAUAAAUGGGAAAAUGUGUUUUGGAAAGGAUGUACAUAAGGUUGCUAAAAUGUCUAAUAAAUAUUGAUUGGAAUGUAUAAGCAUUCUAAAAAAAGUGAUUCUUUAAAGUAGCAGAAUCUGAGUUGUCUGCGUCUUUUAAUCUCAACCUGGUCAUUGACCUUGUAUGAUGUGUUUGUAGUAUACUGAAUGAGCUGUGAUAUAGUGCCUAGCAGGGGUGCUUGUAAAUUAACUGUAAUAUAUUCAUUGUGUUUCAUUGUAACAUGUUUUAUAUACCGGUAUUAAAGUUGUGCAUGAAUAGAUCCUUCCUUUAUAUUUUUUAGAAUCCAUGAAUCUAGCAAUCUUUACUGUAAUUAUUCUAUUUACACAUAUAUUUUACAUUCUAAAUGACUUUGUCUUUAUGUCCGUAUUGAUGUACAUGUAUUGAAGAAAAUUUGAGUUGUAAUGAUUGUGUAGCAAAGUUUAUAUUUCACAUGUGAAUUUAUUCCGUGCCACAAUGUUUGUUUAUAGCUUCAACAUUAACCAAGUCAGAGACUCUUGUAUUUAUUAUAUCAAGACUUUACAAAUUAUAUACAACAUUAUUGUCAUACUCACUAUAAUAAAAUACAUUUGUACAAAUACUGUCA